GUAGGCUAGUGCCACCUCUGGUUUAAAAUUUCUUCUCCUGCGGCCGCUCUGUGUGCUACGGCAGAACACUUAGCUCUGAACAUUUUUUAGACUUCUUUCGCCUCCUUCCAGCACAUUUUGGUUUCGGAAUCAUGGCUGAACGCAAGCGGACCUGGGAUAAGGAAGACGACCUGCCUGUUUAUCUGGCAAGGCCGGGGACAACGGACCAGGUUCCCAGGCAAAAAUACGGUGGCAUGUUCUGCAGUGUGGAAGGAGCUUUCGAAAGCAAAACCAUUGAUUUUGAUGCCCUGAGCGUCGGCAGAAGAAGUUCCAGGAGCUCCAAGAGUGGGAGUAAAGGGGAAGCAUCCCAGGAAGGGAAGAGCCCCGACAGCGAGCAAAGCAGCAUUUGUACGGAAAGUGGGUCCGGGGGACACGAAGAAGGGGACUCGGGCAUUGAAAUUAAAACUGCGGUUGGAAAGGAAAUACUGCAGAAUCUGGACGAAUUGAAGAGUGACAGACUAUUGAUCAAAGGAGGAAGAAUUGUGAAUGAUGACCAGUCAUUUUAUGCAGAUAUCUACAUGGAAGAUGGGCUCAUUAAGCAAAUUGGAGACAACUUGAUUGUUCCGGGAGGAGUGAAAGUCAUUGAAGCCAAUGGGAAGAUGGUCAUUCCAGGAGGCAUCGACAUCCACACUCAUUUCCAGAUGCCCUACAGGGGCACCACCACAGUGGAUGACUUCUCUCAGGGCACCAAAGCCGCACUGGCUGGAGGAACCACCAUGAUCGUGGACCAUGUCAUCCCGGAACCUGGCUCCAGCCUCAUCGAGGCCUUCGAGCGCUGGAGGGAGUGGGCCGACGACAAGGCGUGCUGCGAUUACUCCCUACACGUGGACAUCACUCACUGGAACGACAGCGUCAAGCAGGAGGUGGAAACUCUCAUCAAGGAGAAAGGAGUGAACUCGUUCCUGGUGUACAUGGCAUAUAAGGAUUUAUAUCAGAUGACGAACAGUGAGCUGUAUGAAAUUUUCACUUUCCUGGGAGAACUCGGGGCCAUUGUGCAAGUCCAUGCUGAGAAUGGAGAAAUCAUUGCACAGGAACAAGCUCGCAUGCUGGAAAUGGGAAUCACUGGUCCAGAGGGUCAUGUGCUUAGCAGACCAGAGGAGCUUGAAGCAGAGGCUGUGUUCCGAGCCAUCACUAUUGCGAGCCAAACCAACUGUCCCCUUUAUGUGACCAAAGUCAUGAGCAAAAGUGCAGCUGACAUCAUUUCACAGGCCAGAAAAAAAGGUAACGUAGUGUUUGGGGAACCCAUCUCAGCGAGUCUGGGCACGGAUGGGACACAUUACUGGAGUAAAAACUGGGCCAAGGCAGCUUCCUUUGUAGUAUCGCCUCCUCUCAGUCCAGACCCCACCACCCCAGACUACCUGAACUCCUUAUUGGCCAGUGGAGACCUAAAUGUGACAGGAAGCGCCCACUGCACCUUCAGCACAGCUCAGAAGGCGAUUGGAAAGGACGAUUUCACGCAGAUACCUGAAGGUGUCAAUGGUGUCGAGGAAAGAAUGGCAAUCAUCUGGGAUAAGGCUGUGGUCACUGGCAAAAUGGAUGAAAACAUGUUUGUUGCUGUAACAAGCACCAAUGCUGCCAAGAUCCUUAACCUGUACCCUAGAAAAGGAAAAAUAGCAGUGGGCUCAGACAGCGACCUGGUUAUCUGGGAUUCUGAUGCUGUAAGGACCGUUACAGCGAAAACACACAACUCGGCAGCCGAGUACAAUGUGUUUGAGGGGAUGGAGCUACGUGGAGCUCCGCUGGUGGUGAUUUGCCAGGGGAAGAUUGUGCUGGAAGAUGGGAAUUUGCAUGCCACUGCAGGAAGUGGGCACUUUAUUCCUUGCUCUCCCUUCCCCGACUUCACUUACAAGCGAGUGAAAGCCAGGAAACAGCUGGCAGUGCUAAAGGCAGUGCCCAGGGGCAUGUACGAUGGGCCGGUGUCGGACUUCUCCCCUAUGUCCCGAGGAGGCACCCCGGCUGCAUCUGCCAGGACCUCCCCCACCAAGCAAGCACCCCCUGUCAGGAACCUCCAUCAGUCUGGAUUCAGUCUAGCAGGUAUCCCUGCAGCCCAGGGUAUCCCAGCAGAAGAAACGCCAAUCCGACCUGCAGGCCGGCGUAUUGUAGUGCCACCUGGCGGACGCUCCAAUAUUACAUCUCUGAGCUAAAGCAUUAAAACAGCUGUUUGGGAAGGAAACAUGAUUGGUUUAAGUUGAACAAGACACAGAAGCCUCAUGCCUUACCAAUCACGAAUGCUACCUGCUAUAGCUUUAAGAGUGCAGUAUUCCUUUUUUUUAGAAAGCCCAGCCUGAUGAUGGAAAUACUUGUGGAAACUGUAAACAUUUACAGUGACACAUAUGAUUGCAUUUCAAGCUAAAGUUGUAGCCUUUUUUGACUAUGGAAAUCAUCUGUUGUAAGUCUCGCAAGAAAAUUAUUCAACUGCAAUGAUAUGGGUACUGUAGGUAGGACAUAUUUAGGAUUUAAAAAGUUAUGACAAGAGGCAUAGGCAAUUAUUACAAAAUCAGACCAGUAGAUGGCAGAUUUGAAGAUGUACUGCAACUGCCCUUUCUCAAAAAUAUGGGUCACCUUAACCUUACAUUUUCUGUAGUGCGAAUGUUUUUUGUGGUACACCCUAGACUUUAAAGUUUAACCUUAUACAAGUGUACUUGCAUUUCCUGAAUUCAGUUUUCAUUUGCUGAAUCAUUUUCUCAUUAUCCUGCAUAUUCUUUAUUUAUUGUUUAAUAGUUUCAUGCAAAUAGGUGGAUGUUUACUAAUAUAAAGGAACAGAGAAGGAAAGAGAGAGGGCUGGGGCAUGCCUUAAAAUGGGAAAAAAAUUGACCCAAAACUGCAACCAAAUUUAUAAUUAUUUUAGUCCUUUUUAAGAGCUGGCUUUGUCUUUUAUAUCAUAAUGAAAACAAAAUUGCCCAGUUGUGGAAAAUUGUAUUUCCCCUAUGUUUGUUGGUUUAAAACUCUAGUGAAAUCCAGGAUUAGAUGAUAUUUUCACUGGUGCUUUGAAGGAAAAUGAUUCAUUAUAGUCAUUUGCUACUCACUGUGAUAGGGUUAUCUAAUAAGAAAUAACAUUCAUUAGUAACUGCAGUGUUUUCAUGUUGUCUGAACAGUUGCUUUCUAUUAAAAGGAAUGCUGCAUAUUUAAGAAUGUUGCUUUGUAUCCUUUUUUCUAUAUUAAGCUUUCGAUGUCACAUUUUUAAUUCCCUAGUUUGCAAUAGAUUAUAGCAUUUUUAACAUGCUUUAUCAUCAACACUAGAUAGGUGGCGCUGUGAGUCUGAUAGAUGUAAUGUAGCUUUGUAAAUCCUGUGGUUGCUAUAUCCUUGGGUUAAUGAACCAGGAAUAUUUGAUAGCUUAAUAAAUUUAAAAAAUAAAACAAUGUAUGUGGUAUAAAAUUUUGUAAACAUGCAAGAAUGCAUCUCUAAAAAGGGGUUUCUUUUUUCAAAUGCUUAUUACUUGCUAAUUUGUUGUUCUUUACUCUAGGCAUUGGUCUUCUGCAAUUACUUAUUACUAUUCACUUUAAUGCCUUGUCAAAUAAUCCAGAAAGUGAAAGUCAUCAUUUCAAAACAAUUAUAUUGCUUUACUUGCCAUUAGUCAGAUGGUUUCCUGCAUGAGUCUUUUUAGGAACUUUAAGUAUGCAACAGAAAUUAAAUUGGUAACCUGCUUUUUAAUUACAGGUAAUUCAUCAUUGUUUGUGAUCACCACCUUUGUUUUUGACCUCUCCUUGUUUCCUUGUUUAUCUUAAGGCUUAAAAAAACAUUUUUAAAAAGAGUGUAGUGCAAAAACUUAGUUUAUGUGGGUAGGUAGUACAGUAUAUCAUAUGAGCCUUUGAAUCAAACCACGGCUUUUCACCUGCUUUAGCUUAGAACCCUUUAAUGACACAAAAUCAACUGAAAUGUGCUUAAGUGGCAAGCUAAAGACAAGAAGACAAGGAGUCCUGAAGCAGGGAAAGAGUUACCUGAACUGACAGUCUAACAUUUCAUAGAAACUAAACAAAUCACACAAUUAACAGCAGAACUCAUAAGUUAUGUGACAAAGGAUAUCAAUUAUAUUAACUGUUGCAGAAAACUUAGCAAACAUCUUGUAUUCAGUAUUGUUCAGCCAACAGAAAGAAAACAAAAUGGCUGCUAAAAGAUUGGCAUGGAUCGCAUUUGUCAUACCCAUAUUGGAAGCCCACAAAAGCUAAGUCAAUAUAAUGAGUAACAUGAAAAAAGACAAUGGACCAUGAACGUGUUUGUUAUAUUUAUGUUCAUCACAACUUUUGGUAUUAUUUUUCUUUUUCUUUUGUGUCAAGUUCCUAAAACAAGCAGGUACUAAAUCACUGAAAUGUUCUGUGGUUGUAUGAAUUUUUCCCGAAUAAACAUCAGUUGCAAUCUGUCA